AUGUCCACUUUUCAGGAUAAAGGCUUACUUUGCCUGAACGUUUCGUGGGUUGAGUGUGCAUCGAGACGAUGGCUGGCUGUGAAAAGGGAGGCAAAUGAGCAUAGCACGGCAGUUAGUGGGGUGUUUGCAGCAGUGAGAUGGGAACUAGCCUCAGUGAAGGGGAAGGUUGCAGAAAUUGAGGGGGAGGUGGCAGAGGUUAAGGGGGAUGUUGCAGAAAUCGAGGGGGAUGUUGCAGAGGUGAAGGGGGAGGUGGAAGAGGUGAAGGAGGAAGUGGCAGAGGUGAAGGAAAAGAUGGCAGAAGUAAAGGGGGAGCUGGCAGCAGCAGUGAUGGAGAAGAGGUGGGUUGUGCAGAAUGAGGUGAAUGAGUGUGCAAAUGUCUACCUGCCUCUGCAGCUGCCGCUUCCCCCUUCCUUCCCCCCUUGCUGCCGCUUGUUCCACCCCCGCACGCCUUGCAUAGUCAUGCCUCGGAGGACUGCAGUGGCCAUGCUGCUGCUGGCUUUCCUCCUUGGCGCUGCCAUCGUGUAUUUUGGAAAGAAUCCCGGGUCACAGAUGGAGAGGGAAGUGGGAGCAGUGAAGUGGGAGCUGGCUCAACAUAAGGGUGCAAUCAAGGGGCUGAAGGAUGCGAUGAAGAAGAUGCAUGUUGAACUGCAAAUUGCCAGAGUAGUGGCAGUCAUAAGAUUGCAUGGGAGGUAA